UAAAUUUUUGGCGUUCGGGUCACACUGGACGUGAGUGGUGUGGGAAGCUGGUGGUGAGCGAGGUCGCAAAAGAAGAAAAAAAGAGCUAUUAUUACUCCCUGAUUUUGCUUCUUAAUUCUCUCUGUCUCUGUCUCUCUCUCUCUGAACAACCUGCAAAAUUUUCCAUAUCUCACUCCGAAAAGAAGGAAGAAGACAUGGCGAGGGAUUCGUACGAGGAAGCCAUUGCCGGACUCGCAAAGCUUCUCAGCGAGAAAGAACACCUCGAGGAAGUCGCCGCCGCAAAGAUCAAGCAGAUAACGGCCGAGUUGGAAUCGGCCGGUUCCAAACAUUUUGACCCGGUCGAGAGGAUUAAAACCGGGUUCAAUCACUUUAAGACUCAGAAAUAUGAGAAGAAUCCCGAUUUGUACGGAGCACUUGCCCAAGGCCAAAGCCCCAAGUUUUUGGUAUUUGCUUGCUCUGAUUCCCGAGUUUGCCCCUCUCAUAUCCUGGAUUUCCAACCUGGAGAGGCCUUCUCCGUUCGAAACAUAGCCAACAUGGUCCCACCAUAUGAUCGGACAAAAUACUCAGGAGUGGGUGCGGCCAUUGAAUAUGCGGUAUUGCAUCUGAAGGUGGAGCAUAUUGUGGUGAUUGGACACAGCUGCUGUGGGGGCAUAAAGGGGCUUAUGUCUAUCCCAGAUGAUGGUGCAACUUCUAGUGAUUUCAUAGAGCAGUGGGUCCAAAUAUGUUCACCAGCCAAAAACAAGGUGAAAACAGAAUAUAGUGACUUGAGUUUCUCUGAGCAGUGCACCAACUGCGAGAAGGAGGCUGUGAAUGUGUCCUUGGGAAACUUAUUGACAUACCCAUUCGUUAGAGAAGGGUUGGUGAAGAAAACUCUGGCUUUAAAGGGUGCACACUACAAUUUUGUAAAUGGGACUUUCGAGCUUUGGGAUCUUGAUUUCAAAAUUGCACCAUCUUUGUCUGCAUAGGUUAGUUAUUUUUUCUUUCAUUUUCUUACAUGGUAAAUUUCCUUAAUGGUUUCGUUUUUCUGUACAUGUCCAUGUGUUCGGUCACUUGGAACGACAAAUAAGCAUCCUUCUUUGUAACUCUUUCUGGCUUCUAGUUGCUUGAAUAAUGUUUUUGUUUGUAAACUUUUUUGUCCAAUGUAUCCAAAUUGGGAUAGAUAUAUAUAGAUAUGGCAAUAUUAAUGUUCCUUUUAGUUUAACAA